AGAAGAAGAAAAGAAGACUGUUGGCUGAUUCACUGGACACCUACAAAUAAGAACAGAAUGAGAAGACUCUUCAUUAACUCUUUUUGUCAUUGUGAUGUAUGAAGUCCAUAGAAGAGGAAACAUAACAUUAGAUGAACACUAUAGUAAAUGAGGGUUAGGAAUUUAGACAGAUAAGCAACAUUUUGACAACCUUUUCUCUUUGCCAGAGCUGUGUGUUAUUUAUUUUUGUGUUUUUUUUGGAGGACCUAAAUCUGCAAUUACCUUUUGGAAAGGCCAACACAGCUACAGGGAUUGAUUAUUUGUUUCCAGCUAGAAUCUUUAUACUAUAAAACAAUUGCUUGUUUUAUAGUGAAAAAAGCUUUUAUAAUUUUUGUAUUUUCUGUCGACAUACUGCAAAAAUGUGGUCAUGUAUGAAGAACUUCUUCACUUAUGAAACAACAAAGUCGGUGGUUGUAAAAAGCUGGACUAUUGGUAUCAUCAACCGGAUUGUUCAACUUAUCAUCAUUUCUUACUUUGUUGGCUGGGUGUUUCUCUGGGAGAAGGCCUACCAGGUAAGAGACACGGCUAUAGAGUCCUCAGUCAUGACUAAGGUCAAAGGCUUUGGAAACUACAAUAACAGAGUCAUGGACGUUGCAGACUACGUCACUCCUACACAGGGAGGUUCAGUCUUUUGCAUCAUCACAAAAAUGAUUACAACAGAGAACCAAGUUCAAGGAUACUGUCCUGAGACUGAGAAAUACAACUGUACCAAAGACAGCGACUGCAUUAAACGUCGUAACAAACCAGGAGGAUAUGGAAUUUUCACCGGGAAGUGUGUUCCUUUCAAGAACGACACCAGGAUGUGUGAGAUUAAAGGGUGGUGCCCUGCAGAGAUCGACACCAUAGAGACUAAUCCCAUGGAGGAUGUGGAGAACUUCACAGUCUUCAUUAAGAACAGCAUCCGUUUUCCAAGUUUUAACUACACCAAAGGGAACUUUCUUCCAUCAAUAACUAAAGAGUACAUCAAAAAGUGUAACUUUCACAAAGUAACUGACAUCUACUGCCCUAUCUUCAAAGUGGGGGACAUUCUUAAAGAUGCAGAACAGAACUUCACUCAGCUGGCAAACACGGGUGGAGUGAUUGGAAUAAUGAUCAGCUGGAUGUGUGAUCUGGAUAAGUCAGAUGAUGAUUGUAAACCAUCAUACUCAUUCACCCGACUUGAUGCCAUGUCCCAGCAGAACAAUGUUUCUCCUGGCUACAAUUUCAGGUUUGCAAAAUACUAUAAGAUGGAAAAUGGGACAGACUACCGCACUCUGGUCAAAGCCUAUGCAAUUCGAUUUGAUGUUAUUGUUAAUGGAAAUGCUGGCAAGUUUAACAUGAUCCCUACCAUCAUAAAUAUGGUGGCAGCAUUCACAUCAGUAGGAGUGGGCACAGUGCUAUGUGAUAUAAUACUGCUAAACUUCCUGAAGGGUGCAGAGCAGUACAAGGCUAAGAAGUUUGAAGAGGAAUUGGAUCCUGUAUAAAUGGUUGCGUAGAACUUACUGGCCUUUGUGACAC